GGUUUUCCCCAUGGUGAACAAAAAACUAGACAUUACCAGCCAGGUUUUGGCAUGGCAUAGCCGUUUUAAGGUUCCGCAAAGUGCUGAGUCGAUCUGAUUGUGUUGGGAAGGGAAACCUCAUCUUUGCGCAGGUUUGAAGGGCAGGCGUGUACAGUACUGGAGGGUGUGGAGAGAGACUGGGGACUAGCAACAUCACCGUGAAACUCAGAUCGCCUUUGAAAUCGACAUGGCGCCAUGUACAGCUCCUCAGUUUCAGCCCAGACUACACCUUCUCCUAUCAGCCACGGUGGCGAUCUCUUCUGCUUUCAACAUCGAUGUAAAGUUCCCGAUCAUUAAACAGGGACCACCCGGCAGCUACUUCGGAUAUUCGGUGGCUUUACACCGACAGCUGAAAGAUCAGGAUCGCUACCUAUUGCUAGUUGGAGCUCCACAGGCAGAAGGUACCCCGAGUCAACUGGCAAAUCGCACAGGAGCCUUAUUCUACUGUACUGUAUCAUCAAGUCCCAAUGACUGUAAACGUGCCAAGUUUGAGAAACCAACUGAUGCAAAAACUGAAAGUAAGGAAGACCAAUGGCUUGGAGUCACCGUAGCAAGUCAAGGGCCUGGUGGGAAGGUGGUGGUUUGUGCACAUCGUUAUGAGAAGAGACAAUUGACUCAACAAGAUGAGAAGAGAAUUUUGUUGGGUCGUUGUUUUAUCUUGAGUGACAACAUCGCCAUCAAUCCAAAUGAUGACUGGGACAAUUCUCCAGCACAGUUCUGUGAAAAUGUCGGGGAUGAUCACCAGGGACUGCUUAUGUGCCAGAAGGGCAUGGCUGCAGGAUUCACACAUCCCAAUCACUAUGCGUAUUACGGAGCACCAGGUGGCUGGAACUGGCAAGGAACUGUCCAAGUCUCACAAAAGAAUAUGACAUUUCUUGAACACGAUAUACUGUCUGAUGGCCCUUACAUACUUAAAGACGCAGGAAAGGCUCACAGCUACAUGGGAUAUUCACUUACUGCUGGAAAGAGAGUCACACAUCCCACAAAGUUCAGCUAUGUGGCAGGUGGCCCCCGUCAUAAUCACACAGGGGCGGUGUUUGUUCUUAAACAGAGCACAGACGACGAAUUAGCUAUCGAGCACGCGAUAAUGGGAAGUCAAACAGGGUCUUAUUUUGGGAGUUCAGUCGCUAUUGCUGAUCUUGAUAAUGAUAGUUGGAAAGACAUAAUUGUCGGAGCUCCUCACUACUUUGAUCAGAAGAAGGAGAUCAGUGGGGCUGUGUAUAUUUACAUGAAUGAGGCAGGACAGUUCUCAGAGGAACCCAACCUGGUAAUAAAUGGCUCAAAGGAUUCCAUGUUCGGUUAUGCCAUCAACACUAUUGGAGACAUUAAUCAAGAUGGAUUUCAAGAUAUUGCCAUUGGAGCUCCAUAUGAUGGUCCUGGCAAGCUUUUCAUUUACCACGGCAGCAAGGAUGGAUUGAAUCCUGAACCUAUUCAGGUCAUCAGUGGUGCAAAUCUGGGGAAAACUAAGCCUAUCAAUACAUUUGGCUAUUCAAUCAGUGGAGGACUUGAUGUCGACGGGAAUGAUUACCCUGACAUUCUAAUUGGAACAUUAUCCGACAGAGUCAUUUUACUGAGAUCUCGGCCAGUUAUUAAUAUUAGUAAGAAUUUCACUGUGCAUCCAAACAUCAUUGAUCCCAGCACCUGCACCAUAAAGUCCUGUGUCACAGUGACCGUUUGCUUCUCAUAUAUUGUGAGCACAGGAAAUAGGAAGUACAAUCGUAAUAUUGCUCUUAAAUAUACAUUGGAGGUCGAAAAAGAGAGGCGCUCACCUCCACGUGUUAAAUUUGUUCCGACAAACAGUGCCAUUUACAAUGGCAUUUUUAAAAUGCCACAAACCAAAUGCGAAAGUGUCCAGCUGGGGUUGAUGGACAAUGUGGAGGAUAAGCUUCAACCCAUUUCUGUCACUCUGAAUUAUUCCAUUGACAAUAGCAAUGAGGCUAGAGGAAGAAGGGCUGAUAUGAAUAAUUAUCCCAUUUUGAAUGUACUGCAAGACCAUACUGGUCUGGAAGAGAUACAUAUUCAGAAGGAAUGUGGCAAUGACCGGAUUUGCAAUAGCAAUCUCCAAAUGAAACAUGAGUUUAGCACAUUUGAGAACAAUGAGGAGUUUCAUCCCUUCAGAAGAAAAAAUGGCAAACAAAUCUUGGACUAUAAUCCACAAUCCAUCUUAUAUUCCAAUAAGCUUGUAUUGCAAGUGAUUGUUACAAAUUUCCCAACAAAUCCCACCAAUGGCGAGGAUGCUCACCAGGCCAGACUCAACAUUACUCUGCCUCAAACGUUGACCUACGUUGGUAUCCGUGCAGAAUCAGUCAGGUGCGAUCCUGCAGACCGUUACAAUGUAAUCUGUGAAUUGGGAAAUCCUUUCAAAAAGAAUCAGAUGGAUAAGCUCAACAUUAUUCUAGAAGUAACUGGAAUUACUCUUAACACAAGAGAGAUUGAUGUGGAACUCCAACUUCAAACGGAAAGUACACAAAGUGACUUGAACCCAGUUUUACAAUCAGUAUCUGUGGAAAUUCAGCUACAAGUUAGCCUUUCGAUGGAAAAGAAAACACAGCAAACAUACUUCAGUGGUACUGUCAUCGGUGAGAGUGCAAUCAAGACGUUUGAAGCUAUAGGAAGCCCUGUGGACUUCACCUUUGAGGUGACGAACCAUGGUGAGCCUUUGGGGGAUUUAGGAACUCUGUACCUCAAUUUUUCGUGGCCAUAUGAAAUUAGUAAUGGAAAGUGGUUACUGUAUCUCACUGAAAUUGAAAUGAAUGGGACAGAAAACCAGUACUGCCAACCAGUAGGGAACAUUGUAAAUGAGUUGAGCUUAAAGGGGAAUAAUCACACAACACACCCACAAAGAAGAAAACGUGAAGUGAAAUCUGCAGCUGCCAAGAAUUUAAAAAUACUGGGCAAGCUGAAAAAAGGAAAAGGCGACUUGCAAUUAGAUUGUAAACACAAACACACGGCCCGGUGCAAGCAAUUCAGUUGUUUGCUACACAAUAUGACUCAAAAGGCAACAGUAACACUCCGAGCACGGCUAUGGAACAGCACCUUCCUGGAGGAAUACAGGGACUAUGGUCGGAUUACUGUAAUGAUAGAGGCAUCCUUGCACUUGAUGACAAAUGUCACCACAAUCAAAAUGAAGCAACCAGAUGUGAUAGCAUUUCUCAACAUUGAAUCCCAAGUUGACGAUGAACCACCUUAUGAGAUACCAGAGUGGAUUAUUGCUGUAGCAGUGCUGGCAGGAAUCUUAUUAUUGAGUCUGAUAAUCCUUUUACUCUGGAAGUGUGGCUUCUUCAAGAGAACACGAUACUACAGGAGCAUGCCAAAGUAUCAUGCUGUGAAGAUCCGCAAAGAAGAGCGCUAUUUUAUUACAGAAGGCUUUACAAAAAAGAAAACGCAGAAGAAGCAGUGGGUAACAAACUGGAAAGACAAAGACAGUUACUAAUAUUUGCUUCUCCAUGAAUUUAAAGAGGCCAUAUUGAUGACACCACAUAUUUUUACGAUUAAGAUUACAAAGAACUGGACCAGUGUAUCAACAUUUCUGUUCACAUUAAUUUAGUUCUAUUUAUGAUAACUUGUGUUUCAGUCAAAAGCAAGAAAUUUUUUUAUGAGACAAAGUUUAUAAAGCACAGUAGGAACAGCUCUUGAUGCCAUUUGAAGUUGAUCCUAGAGCUAAGAAUAGUGCAGGAACUUAGCUUUCCUUGUGGAUGAGACUGUUAAGAGUUCAAAGCACUGAAAUACUGGGGAGUAAAGGGGAUAAAAGUGCUUAAUAUAAAAUAUACUGUUCAGUGAUAAUUUUAUACUUAAAGGGUUAAAAUUUAAUUUAUUGUGUUAUAAAGGGAAGAAAAGGUCCAUUUGAAAUGUAAUUUGGAAGAUAGGGAGAUAGUUUAAUGGAAAAUCAAUUGAAGGGUGUUCAAAAGAGUUGCUGCCAGACAUAGUUGUGCAAAUAUGAUCCAAAUCAUAAGACAAACAAGGCCAACACAUAUUGGAUAACUGGGAAUAUUGUGUUUGUGCUGUUGCAUAUCCUUUUUCCUGACCCAAGCUAUACUAGCAAUAUAACUGUUUACAUGUUUACAUCUUAAGUAUAACGGUCAUGUGUAUGACCUUUCCCUCUGUGCCCUGUCUACUGACUAGCCAUUGCAGAUUGCAAUUUCUAAGUGUGUCUUGUUCUGUAAUAUCAAUAUACAAUUAUUAAAGGAGAAUGAGAAAUAGAAAGCUUUUUACAUCAAUCUAUAUGUUAAAUAUCAAGCUUUUGAUGUCUAAUGAUAUAUGGUACUGUUUUCUUUAAAAUACAAUUUAUAUGUUAGUAAUAAGGGUGCCAAAUAUCAUUAUUUUUUCAUUGUUAACUAGAUAGCAUUGGGAAACAUUCAAAAAUUUGUUCUAUUGCUUAGGUUUGAUUUUGAAGAGAUUGGAGAUCUGUCAUUUGUCAUCCUGAUUGCUACUUUGCUAGGCAAACAAGAUGAAGGAAAGUGUCAAAUCAGAUAUCCACUCACUUUAGUUAGUUUAUAAAGCAAGUAGAAUUAGCUAUCAAAGAUUCUGAUUAUUUAAAGAUAAGCUUAUUACAAAAGCCACGACUGUGUAUAUACUGAUUAAACAAAAAAGCCUUCCUUUUUUACUUGGACGAUCAGAAUGGUAGUCCUCAUUUCCAGUAAUUAUCAGCAAGAAAGAAAGCAUUCCAUGCCAGUACGAUAUGUACGUUUUUGUUCAUAUUAGAUGGCAUGGUCCAUUGAUGAAUAUAACCUUGAAUCUAUGUGUGCUUGUAUAAAUGUAUACGCACACAAAUGAGGGUGACAGAAUAUGUGAUUGGAGAAAGAGGUAGUCUACAUUGUUUAUUUAACAUUUAUAGUAUAGACUUACAAAAAUGUGGAAAAUCUGGCCCUUAUAUUUUCAUAUAAGUGUCAAUCCAUUUAAUUCAAUCAGGAAAGCAUUUCUUUUAAAGUACAGAAUGAAACAGUUAUUACAGUUUGAAAACUGUGCAUAUUUGCAGACUUGAGAUUAUUAAAAUCCCUAGUAAGUGCAAACAUUUUGGUUCUCUAUCACAAAUAGCUUGUUUUUCUUGUGUUUAGUUGUGUAUUUUGUAAAGUUAUUGGUAAUUUGUAACCAAACCAGACUGUAGCUUGUUUUCCAUCUGCAGACUGAUGCAGUUAUAACAAAAAAUGCCAUUUUAAGGUGAAAAUAUAGAACACUGGUUAAGCUUCAGCUGAGAUUUUGUGGCCAAAGCAAGGAGAAAGACUGGAGGAAGGAUGUCAAGGCCUUGGAGAUGGGGCUGAGGUGAUUUACUAGAAAUGUCUGAGAGAUAAAGGACAUCGGUUACUUGAGUGACUGGAGAAUCUGGGAUAUUUCUCUUUAAAGCAUAGAAGGUUAACAACAGAUUUGGGGAAGGUGUUCAAAAUUGUGAAAGAUUUUGAUGGAGUAGAUGAGAAGAAAUUUUACAUGCAGGUGGGGCAAAAGAUAACAGUUAAAAAUUAUUGGUAAAAGAAUGACAUGAACAGAAAAAAGAAAUACUGCAUUUUGUUAUGAUCUGGAAUGCACUAACUGAAAUUGUAGAAACAGACUCGAAAGCACUUUUCAAAAGAAAGUGGGUAAAUACUUGAAUCAAAAAAAUGAUGAGGUGAGGUUUUAUGGGGUCUGAGCAAGAGGAUAGAAUUAAUUGGCUAUCUCUUUCAAAAAGCCAGGAUGAGCUACAUGCUAUCCUUCCACGUUGAAUAAUUUUAUGACAAUAUUGUAACUGCUGGAAACUUGAUAUAAACACCUGCAUUAAUGGAAAUACACAAACCUGAAUUCAUUUAUACAGUAAAGAUAGAUUCAUUUGUUAAAUUUGAAAAUUUCUACUGUCUUUAUAUUUUUCUGAAUGGAAAUGUUUUAACUGCUUUCAUUUAGUAUUAAUCCUAGUAGCUGCAUAAAGCAACUUUGUAUUGUUGGGAUUCUAUGAUCAUUGUUAUUGAAAUACAUUAUUCUUUGGAAUUCUGGUUAAGUAUUUGUUGGGGGCUGGUGAAGAUUGGAACUGUCAGGUGCAAUUCUGAACACCUAAGGAUAUUUCAUCAUUUUGAUAUUUUUAAGUCUGUUAAAGCUUCUAAUAUUGGUUAUCUGAGAAAAUUGAAAAAAACUCACAUUCAAUAUUAUCUGGAAAAAUAAUUUACUGUUGUUGAGACAUCUCAUCCACUACAUGACAGGAAAGGUAGUGGCUGCUGCAGAAAAAAGACCACUUACAUUCUGCAGGAUCACAGAGUAGCCAAACCAUAUAUAAGUCAUGCAGAGGUUUGCAGGGGAAGCCCAUGGAGAAAGAGGUGUAGGACUUUCAACAAUAAAAGCAGGCUGUGCCUCCUGAAUCCCUCCACCUGAUGUCCAAUCCUUCGAUUAUAUACUUAAUACCUUUUGAACCAGAGCUUUCCCUCCUACCCCCUGAUGUAGCAAGUUGAUAACAGUCUCAGCUGCCACUGGAUUCAUACUAGCAAUGUUAGUAAGUAGCCAUUAAUUGGCCACUGAAGUGUCUCAAUGUUUAGCAGGUCAGGGAGGUCAGCUGUGGGCUUCUUCACCCAGAAUUCUAGAAUGGAAGAAGUUGGAAAGCAGAGGGGCUGAGGUAAACCACUAACUUGUUUAAUUACAUAUCCUUUCCAUCUUCAAAUUUGCAUCGAGCAACUUUAGCUCACCAUUUGAGGAAGUACAAUCCAAAUUCAUAUUCAUUUUAAAUUGCUCGAGGGACUGCCAUCCUGAUUUUCUAUUUAAUUUAUUGUUGAAGGAGGCAGAUUUUCUGUUUUCCAUCAAGUGUUUGUGUGAGAGUAACCAACUAUGUAGAGAAGCGAAUAUAUCAAUUCACAAGGAUGAAUAGAACCUGACUCCACCAGGAUUCCACCUAUGUCUCCCAUUUCAUUGUUUUCUGUUUCAUUCUUUUUCCAGUGGUCAAGGGCCAAAGGAGAUCUGAUGACUGAUCACCCUUAGAGGUUGGCACUUUGUACCUUCUGUUGAGCUUGAUGGAAUGCUAGUGCCAAGUCUCUAAGGGGGAGGUGACUGAUCCCCCAAAAGGAUUGCCCACAAGGCUUGAUGUGUCUGCACAGAAGUGAGUGCAUUCGUUCGGAUCCCACUUUAUUUCCUUUGCUCCACUAAACAACAUUGAAGAAAAUAUAUUUUCAAAAUGGUGCAAUGUGUCUAUGUGGAUGCAUGUUGCCAGCUCAAGCUAGCGAGGUCAUCAAGUCACCAUACUAUGCAUCAGGAUUUCAGAGGCAGGCUGAGAUUCUGUUCCAUCAAAUUUGGGGUGGAAUGAACCUAGUGAAAUCUUGCUUCUCUUCUGUUGUUUCAGUAUAUGGAAAUCUGGACUUCCUUUUCCUAAAAGGCUGAGAAUGUUAAGUCAAUUGAAAUUACCAAGACUGAGACUGAUAGACAUUAACAAAAAUCUAUAACAUUAUGAGGAAGAGGAAGUAAAUAGAAUAGACAUACAGUUUGGCUGUGCUUUACUGUAUAUAGUAGUAGGCCAUGCAGAUUUAAGACAUUUCUACCAAUUUUUCAACAUUUAGCAUAAGAACCAGUUUCAAGUCUUUCAUUGUUAUAACAUAUUUGUAGAUAUAUUCACAGUUACUUAGGUUUAUUUUAAAUGAUCUAUACAAUUCUCAAGAAAUAAAUCAGGCUAACUUUAGUACAAUGCCAAGUAUAAAUGACAAAUGUUAACUGUAAAAUUUGUAUAGCAAUUUUUCUGCAUUAAUGCAUUUUCAAAUCUCUCAUAUUUGCUCAUUUGGAAGAAUGAAAUUGGGUGCAGUACUUGUUGAUUUUUCACACAUAUCUAUAUCAGUAAUUGGAGGUGUGGUUGACAGUGACAUAACCUCUGAAGUAUUGAUGUGACAGUUCAUAAAACCAAAGAUUAGGGAAGAGCGUGUGGUCGAUAAUUAAAGAUAAUACACUUGUUCUUCAGGUUGGUUAUUAUAUAUGACUUCUCACAGUGUUACUAUACUUGUAGUUAAGUCAAGAUGUUGAACAUAUAAUCUCGCUGACGUUUUAAUCCUGUACAAUGUUGCUUUAUUGGAAGUGCUGUUUCCAUGGGACACUAAUCCAAGACCCCAUCUGCUCUUGUCAGGUGAAUCUAAAAGAUCCAAAAGCAUUAUUCGAAGAGAGCCAGAACAUUUCGGUGUCCUGGCCAACAAUCAGCUGUUAAUCACUAAAACAGAUGGUCUGGUCAUGAAUUUCAUUGCUGUUUUAUCAGACUUUGCUUUGUGCAAAGUUGUUAUAAUUUUUUUUUACAACUGCAAUAAUGAUUAACUUCAAAACUAGUUGACCCUGAAGCAUGUUGGCAUGUCCUCAUUUUGCAAAAGGAAUUAUAAAAUGGAAACUCAUACUUUGAUCAGACUUAUGCUGUUUGUUCCAUUUAUUGCUUAUUGUCAAUGGCUUCUUAACCAGUGAUAGAAAUUUAAAAUGGGAUUAUCAUUUUUAAUUGAUAUCAUAUGUAUAUAAUCUAAACAGUGAAGGACUGAUUUCCAGCUAAAUAUUGACCUCCCUUUUCAAGUUGCUAAAUUUACUCUAAUUACUUGAAAUUACUUUAAUAUAUUUCCAAAAUAAAAGCUAAAUACUAGAAGAUUUAUUUGGCAAACUUAAAGCUGAAAAUAUUUCUAAACUGUGCACAGCCGUUAAUAAGGUAAACAGAUGGUAGGAUACUUUUCAAUUCAGAUAAGAAAUGAAAUAAAGUAACCAGCAGCAGCAAAUUCAAAAUCAUUCCAUCUUUUAAUGAAAAUAUACAUCAAAUUCUGUAUCAGCCGAAAGCCUUGAAACUUAGCUUUCAAACACUCUUCAUUAUGGAAAUAAUAUCAGAGAUAAUGGAUUGGUGAACAAAUUUGGCACUGAACUUGAGGUUAUCUUGUAAAACUUAACAGUUGAGGUGAUUGAAGCUGAGAAUAAAGAUUCCAGCUGUACAGAAAAAUAUUUUCUACUCCAAUUUCUGUUCAGCUAUAACUUUUAGAACUUGGAUGUUUAUUUCUUAAGCAUUAAUUCAGAUUUUUAAGAAAUAUUCAGGAACUAGAAACUGUUUUUUAACCUUGCACAGAAAUUGUAAAGGACUCACAAAUUCAUUGAGGAUUCAAAUCUUCUGGGUAGAAGCACAGAAGUUUCUAUUUCAAAUGCGAGAUCAUAAAUCUGUUCUUUUUUAUGUUAACCUUUUCUCUGAUGUUAUAAAAUACCUCUAAUGUUCACUGAAAGCACUAAGCAAAUAUGUUGCUGGGAAUGAACAAGCUAGCUCAGGAUCUACACUUCUUUCAUAACUAGCAUCAAACACCUACAAGAACAACAGUUCAAUUUGGAAAAGCAACCAAAUCUCAUUAGAUUUUCUUGCUUGUAAAUUCAAUUGACUUUAUUUUUAAAAAUGAACCGUUGAACAUACAGUUAUAGAAUUACGUCUUAAUUCACCUACAUUCCCAAUAGGGAGUUUUACAAAAAACACAAAUAGCUCUACUUCUUACCCACCUCGCUACAAGACAAAUUCUUACUCAAAGUACAGGUUUUUGUAAAUCUUCCAUAAACAUUUAGUGUUGGGAGGUAUUUGCUGCACUUUGAGCAGGGAUGACUGUGUUUCCCAAUUUAUAUGAUUUUUGUUAAAUUUAGCCCAAAUAAUAGAUCUGACGCCAAUUAAACCCGAUGUAUCAAAAAAAAGCCUUUGCAGUCAAGAUGGUUAUUUUACAUUCCACAACUACCUCAAAUCUGUGCUCUAAAAAAAACAAGAAUAGUUAUUGUUUUCCUAUUUCAAGCAAUCAGGUAAUUUUAGAAACACAUAUAUUUAAUUAAGUUCCAUACUUUUGCUCCUAAA